UUCCACGCGCCAGACUGCGAGACAGACGGACACCCGCGCGCAGUUUCCGAGGCAUGCCCAUUUGGAGUGUAGUGACGUCUGCGCUUCAGCUUGUGUUCUGACGUCGUGGCUGUCUGAGCGCUGUUUCUGCCUGCGCCUUGGUGACUGUGGUGCGAGAAGAGAAAUCACUCAGUGGCAAGUCCUUUAAAUCCUAUUCAAAAAGCUCAGCAAACCACACUUCCAUCUCCAUCAUGCAUGAAGUCCGGUGAUUGAGAAUUUAUUAUUCGUAGAGUUUAAAACAUUUGAACAAGAAGGAGCAUUUGAACCAAAACCCAGCCCACACAGGAAAGACCAGUAAUCUCUACAUGGCUACCAUGGCUAGUGCUCAGACAAAUGUGAAGACUCCUUUCAAAGACCAAAUCUCAUUUCACAGCAGUAUGAAGAGGCUGUACAGAGAGCAGCUCGAGGAUGCACCCAUUAAAAAGCGUGUGAUGGCAGAGAUGAAGCUGAUGCGGCGUGGUGUGGAGCUUUUAUCCAGGGCCACCAGAGUGAAGCAGGAACCUGUGGAGGAUGAGCCCUGUUUUGAAGGAGGCACAGAGGGUCAGGAGCUCCAUGUGACCACGGUGGGUAAGGCCCUGGAUCUGAGCCCUGGGCUGAAGAACACUCUGGCUCAGUUCACCCUGAGCAGCCAGAGUUCGCUGGGGGGUCCUGCUGCCUUCUCAGCAAAGACAGGCCAGGAGCCCAGCCUGACGGGUGGUGUGGCACCACUGCCUUCACCAUCAGUCUUGGGCGUGGGGCCCCUGCUGGUGCCCUGUGACAGCUCCACGGAGCUUACCCACUCUGUCUUGGAGGGCGAGUCCAUCUCUUGUUUUGUGGUGGGUGGUGAGAAGCGACUGUGCCUUCCCCAGGUGCUGAACUCGGUGCUGAGGGAUUUCUCCUUGCAGCAGAUCAAUGCUGUGUGUGAUGAGCUCUAUGUCUACUGCUCACGCUGUGAUGCCAAUCAACUGCACAUUCUCAAGGUGCUGGGCAUCCUGCCCUUCAACGCACCGUCCUGUGGACUCAUCACCCUCACAGAUGCUCAGCGCCUCUGCAAUGCUCUACUGCGCCAGGGCACUGCCCUGCCCUCUGAGAUGUCCACCCUGCCUUUGCUCAAGGAUGCUGAGGCUGGAUUCCAGGUGGAACACCAGUGCCUGGGUCAGUGCCAGGGCCUCUUCCUGCCCCACUUCUACAUGCAGCUAGAUGCACCAUGUAUCCAAUGCAUGGAAUGCCAGCUGCUGUUCUCACCGCAGAACUUCGUGAUGCACUCACACAAGUCUCCCGACAAGAGGACGUGCCACUGGGGCUUUGAUUCAGCCAAGUGGCCCUGUUACCUGCAACUUAGCCGCAGGCAUGAGGGCACCGUGGAGGAGCCACAGCUUAAACAGCUUCUGGACGACAUGAAAAAGAAGUUCCACCUGCAUCUGAAGAAACCGCUGGACAAGAAGGUACUGGAUAAUGAUGGCCAGGUGCGGAAGUCCAGUCUGGACCUUAGCCCCGGCAAUGAUGAGUCAUGUGAUGAAGAGAAAGACAAAAAGGGUAAAAACCAGUCUUCACUGGGGUUCAGCCACCUCUUCCCUGAAAUCAAAGAGGAGGCUGAACAUGCCUCAAUCAUCCAUCCCAGUUACUACCUAUACCCGUACGAUAAGAUGGUAGCACCCAAUGUGUCUCUGCAGAAGGAUGGAGAGGUUGGAGUGGAGGUGGAGGUUGGAGUGGAAAUGUUGGGUGCCCUGCUUAAGCAGCACUACAGCAGGAAAACACACAGCCAUGACAGCUGCACAGGCUCCGAUCUUCAUGUGACUUCCUCCUCUUUUGGUGAAGAGGCUAAAUCUGACAACGUGAGUGAAGUGCGGCAACACUACCAACCUCCUCUGCCCGUUACCUUGGAGACGGGCUCUAGUGGAAAGGAGGAUGAUAAAGAGCGCAUCGUGCUGGACAUCAUCCAGAUGUAUAGCAGGCAGCAGGAGAAGCUCAAUGCCACCCUGCACAGGCAGCAGCAGCUGGAGACGGAGCUGGAGGCCGUGCGUGGAGGUGAGGUUGCCCAGCUGAGGCAGCUGUCUGUGGAGCAAAGUGAACUGCAGAGUGAGCUGGAGGCAGUUCAUACUGAACAUGCUCAAAAGCUGGGCGAGGUGCAGCAGGAACAGAGGGAGCUGGAGCAGCGGCUGGAGCAGCUUAGGCAGCAGAGUUGCACCUGUCAACCCCGAGAGAAAGAGGCACAAUACAAUGCCCAGCUGUGUGAGUUGCGGUGUCGUCUGGAACAGGCUGAAGCAGAGCGUCAGCAGUUGCAGGAUGAACUGUGUUGUGAACGAGAGGCUCGUGAGAAGCUGGAGCUCAUGAUCUCUCUGCUACAGAAGCAGAUAAUGCAGUCAGCCAGCAAGGGUGUUACCAGCCCCCAGAACCUACCCACACCCUCCUCACCUGUUCUGGAGACCAUGUCCUGCUAAAUACCUCUACCCGACACCUCUGCUCAUAUUUUUCCAGGCACGCACCCGCACACCCACUCUGUGCCUGUACCUUGAACACGCCCUCCCCAAGUCCCAGACACAAAAACAGAACAGUUGUGCAGAGAGAACCCCCCAUUGAUGGGGCAUGAUGCUUGUUUAUGUAUACAGACUUGAUACCUGUUUUAUAAUUUAACAUCACUUAGAAUGUAUUGUUGUAGUACUGUUUUUUUCUAUUUUUGACCUAUUCUUAGACAGUAUUUAAACUUUGUAAAUGUUUAAUUUAUAGUAUUGCUGAUGGGCUGCUUAUGGACAGAGAAGAGGCAGUUCUUAUCAGAGCCCGUACUCUUUUUGUCCUUCUUCCAUGCUUGUGGUGUUUGUUGGACUCUACGAGACAGAUUGUGAGAAUAGGAGAGAUCAGCACGUGGAAACUAAUUGGACUUUCCAAUGCCGCCCAGGAGCUAAAAUGUCUGCCACUGGCCUCUUAAAAUUUGUGUUGUAGUUCAGCCACACCAGGAAAAAACACUUUACCUUCUGACUCUGUGUUUCUGCAUUUCAACGCAAAGUGAAAAGAGCGGAUCUUAAAAUAUUCUGAAAAGACUAGAAUUUAUUGAGCAGGACAUUGCAGCCGUUGAGGUUUUCAUUAAAGUGCAAACAGAACUAAAAGACUAAAAGUUGGAGGAGCCCUUUGAAGAGGUCAUCCUGUUUCAGAUGGUAAUCUGAUAUCUAAUCUCCCUUUCUGUCCCUCCUCUUCACCUCAGCAUUUGCUGCCUGCUGGUGAUUAGAUGUUUCCUGUGAUUUCAUACUUAUUAGCUGCUCAUGUAGUGCAUUAAACUCCACUCACUCCUUACUGUCAUAUAGAGAUGCGCACAGACUUGGCCUCUGCUGGGUGAAAACAGUACAGUACAGAACUGGUACAGCUCACAAGGCUUUCGGUUAGACACACCAAGACAAAGCAUCUGAACACAUGCACUAUGAAAUUAGAUGGUCAUCUAAGUCUGUCAUGCUAAUGCUAAGAAUAUUAUAUACUUGUGUUCACUGAAGUAGUCUAUAGUAAUACUGUAUAUUAUACCAUAGGAGUGAUGCUCUGAUGAAAGUGAAGGGCAUCUUAAAGAGAACUGGGUCUGAUGUUUUAGCCAAAAUGUUGAACAUUGUUCUGGCUGAUUUGAGAGCAAACAGCACAGAGGGGAGGCUAGUUGGAGCCAUGAUGCCUGGGUUGGCUUCACGUUGGUGGUGCAGAGAUGCUUUGUGUCUGUAGGAGGGGUGACCAGGACAAUCACCCUCCCAGCCCAGGGGCAGGAUUGUUGCAGAGAGAUGGUUCUGUAAGGUUCCAGGCAAGAGUGGUGUCUGGGUCAAGCAUCAGCUUGUCUUCCCCCUAUUCCCCCUUUUCCACAAAUGAUACCCACAGCUAAUCCUGGCUAGCUCAGUCAUCAGCAGGCCAGAACCACCAUCUUAAUAGGCCAACUUCAUAAGAUGAAAAACACAAAAAAGAAAAAAAAGAGGGGAAAAAAAAGAAAAAAAAAACGUGUCAGCUAUACUGUAAAUAAGUACUUUGCAUUUGUUUAAAAGAGAAAAAACUUGGAAAGAACUUGGAAAUAUUUCAAAAAUUAUUUAAUGUUUUACAUAAUAAAGAUUUAUACACACUUUGUACAUACAGUAGUCUUUAAUAUAUUACCUAUGUAAAAAAUUUUUAAAGGAUUCAAUAGAUGAGGAAAGCUAUGUGAGUAUACAGCUAGAGUUCUGUGCUCCAGGAUGGUUUUCUAUAAGGUAUAAGAUCCAGAAAGUGUGAGAUCCUUCAGCAAUGCAGCUGACCCACAGAAGGGAACAUAAAAUGUACAUGGUGUUUCAGAACCUCCCUGAAUGAAAUAUUUAAAAAUAAAUUAUGGUUUUGUGGUUCUCGCAAAGAUUGAUGAUUGAUGGACUGUUUAUGCCUGAUGUUGAAGUUUUCACUAUUCCCAUUAAUGACUUACUUUUUUGAUUUACCUUUUUUAUGAAAGAGUAAAUAAUGCCAAAUGCAUGUAUUUUAAGUGAUGCUGCUUUUGGUCAUUUUUUCUCCCAUUAUUCAAGGUUUGAGUUGUUCUAAAGAGCAGGAAGGCUCUUUUAGUACUUGUGUGAGUACAAGCUUUUGAGGUCAUAUCUCUGUUUCCAGAAAUGUUUGUAGCAAGAUCUGAAGGAUUCUGUGUGGGAUAGAGGGAUACUCUAAUCCACAUCUACCUAAUGGGUAAAUCCAAAACCAAGAGACAUGUGCAGGUGUAUGUCCACGGGCACCCUGUAGUGGAGGUGCACUCACCAAAAGAGGCAGAAUUUAGAUCUCACAUCUCAUACGAGCAACAGGACAUUGUAGCAGUUAUUUCACUGUAAGGAAAUGCAGGGCUGCAGUUUGUAUGGUCCAUCUUCUGAUCAAAUCAGUGUUAAGCUUCUGUAUGCCACUGUUUCCUCUGUAACAGUUAGUCUAAUGGCAAUUUGCCAUAGUUCGAGGAUAUUUAAUUAAAUGUGUUUCUGAAUCUUUGUACCUUUUUUGAUUUUGAUUUUUAUUGGAGCUAUGAGAUGUAAUUUGUAUUUUGUACAAAGGGGGGUGCUGUAUGGCUACUUUGUAGAAUACCUUGUUGUUAUGCUGCUGGGCACACAGAAGCGCUCACAAUACCUUCAGAUUAUCACCCCAAACGCCUCUGGAAGCAGAGCGCAGAGAUUUAUUUGCAUAUUGUAUUAAAGGUGUUCUUUAUGCUGAAUAGGUUUUAUGUAAAAAAUUGAUAUAAUUAUCAAAGAUAUGCCCUAACAGGAAGUCAUAUUAAGAAUUUUUUGCAGCCAAAUGCCCACAUAAACAAGUAACAAUUUGACUGUUGUGUGGAAAAGUCAAGCUCUCUUUCACUGCUUCUUCAUUUCUGAGAUAGUAUUGUGGGUUAGUUUCACAGACCCAGAUUAUGCCUAAACUGAUUAAAAAGAAUUUCCAAGUGAAACUGAACACAGAACUUUUUAUCAUGUGAAAAUAUGUUUACUGUUUACUGCUUUUGGUAAAAAUAAAAAAAUGUUUGGUGACAUUUCUCAGACAUGCAAUGCAGUAAGGGUUGCCAAUUCAGCAGUGAUGAAGAGUUUGAUUUUGCAUGAAUGAGAUGCUCUCCUACCUCAUGUGAUAUAAAAUGUUUUUUAAGCAGAUGACACUUCAGUUUAUCAUGAGUGAUAGUUACUAGUUAAAUACAUGUACAUGCUUUUAGCUAAUACCUCAGUUGUAUGUAGUGUCUUUAUUUCCCAUUACAGACUGUGUAAAUAUGCCUUGUAUAGACAAUGAGCUUGGAUUAAAUUCAGGAUCUGUAGUGUCGGUUC